AUGAAUGAUGAUAUGUUUCUAACUGAAUGGUUAGAUCAUAAUUUAAAUGUUGUCGGUUUUAAAAAUAUUUGUUUAAUUAAUGUUGGUCAACCUAUUUCUGAAAAUAUCACCAAAAAUUAUAAAAAUAAAAUUGUCAUCAUUAAUUUUAAUACAACAAUUAAAAAGCAACAUUUUCAUUUAUGUUUGACAUGUUUUACUACAAUUCGUCCUAAUGAUUUAUUAAUGAUACAAGAUAUUGAUGAGUUUCUAAAUGUACGAAAUUCAAAUUAUUUACAGAAUAAUUAUGAUUUGUAUGAUCAAUUUCAUUUUAAUGAUCUAAGAUUUGGUUAUGUAUAUGAGAAAACAAAUGAUUUAAUAAAUAAAAAAUUAUUAGAAACAAAUGUUUAUCGAAGACCGCAUAAAGGGUUAGGUGAAUAUGAUGAUGGUGAUGUUCAACGACUUUUCAAUUGUUCUGUAGUUGGUGGUUGGACAUCGUGUGGUAACGGUAACGGUAAACAAAUGAUUAAAUAUGGUCUUAUUCAAGAAUUAACACCACAUUUUCAUAAAAGUAAAAAUAAUCGAAGUAAAAUAUUAUAUGUAGAUAUGAAACAAAUUCGUUUACAACACUAUUUUAUUCGAACUAAAGAAAAUGGUUUAAUAAAAGGUGGAAAAUGGAAUAAAUUAACUUUGGUAAACGGCGUUAUUGAACGAAAUAAUUAUUUUAAACUCAUCUAUGAUAAUUCAAUACUAACGUCGAAAAGAUUAAUUUGA